AUGCUGGUGCACACUUACUCCGCCAUGGAGCGCCCCGACGGGCUGGGCCCAGCGGCUAGCGGGGCCCACCUGUCGUCGCUGCCCCAGGCGGCCUACGGGCCGGCGCCGCAGCUCUGCCACACGCCGACCGCCACUGCCGCUGACUUCCAGCCACCCUACUUCCCGCCGCCCUACCCGCAGCCGCCACUGCCCUACGGCCAGGCGUCCGACGCCGCUGCCGCCUUUCCCCACCUGGCCGGGGACCCGUACGGUGGCCUGGCGCCCCUGGCACAGCCGCAGCCUCCGCAGGCUGCCUGGGCCGCGCCCCGCGCCGCCGCCCGCGCCCACGACGAGCCGCCCGGCCUGCUGGCGCCGCCCGCCCGCGCCCUGGGCCUCGACCCGCGCCGCGACUACGCCGCCGCUGUGCCGCGGCUCCUGCACGGCCUGGCCGACGGCGCGCACGGCCUGGCCGACGCGCCCCUCGGCCUUCCCGGGCUGGCGGUGCCGCCGGGCCUGGAGGACCUGCAGGCCAUGGACGAGCCGGGAAUGAGCCUCCUGGACCAGUCCGUGAUCAAGAAAGUCCCCAUCCCCUCCAAAGCCAGCAGCCUUUCGGCCCUCUCAUUGGCCAAAGACAGCUUGGUUGGCGGCAUCACGAACCCCAGUGAGGUCUUCUGCUCCGUGCCAGGCCGGCUCUCUCUGCUCAGCUCGACGUCCAAGUACAAGGUGACAGUGGGGGAGGUCCAGCGGCGACUCUCACCUCCCGAGUGCCUCAAUGCCUCUCUCCUGGGUGGUGUCCUUCGCAGGGCCAAGUCCAAGAAUGGGGGCCGGUGCCUACGGGAACGGCUGGAGAAGAUUGGGCUCAACUUGCCAGCUGGUCGUCGCAAGGCCGCCAAUGUGACACUGCUGACUUCACUAGUAGAGGGAGAGGCCGUACACCUCGCCCGAGACUUUGGCUACGUCUGUGAGACCGAGUUCCCAGCCAAGGCAGCUGCCGAGUACCUGUGCCGCCAGCAUGCUGACCCUGGGGAACUGCACAGCCGCAAGAGCAUGCUGCUGGCCGCCAAGCAGAUCUGCAAGGAGUUUGCAGACUUGAUGGCACAGGACCGUUCACCACUGGGGACCACCCGCCCAGCACUCAUCCUGGAGCCCGGAGUGCAGAGCUGCCUGACACACUUCAGCCUCAUCACCCAUGGCUUCGGCGGGCCUGCCAUCUGUGCUGCCCUCACUGCCUUCCAGAACUACUUGCUGGAGUCACUCAAGGGGCUGGACAAGAUGUUUCUAAGCAGUGCAGGCAGUGGGCAUGGUGACACCAAGGCUUCGGAGAAGGAAGCCAAACAUCGGAAGUAACUGCUUCCCCCACCCCAUCCCUCAGGGGCUCCCAAGGUCUGAAAUGAGGUCUGUGCUCCUGGGGGUGGGCCUGACAGGAUUAAAAAGUGGGGUUGGAGUCAG